AUGUGCACGUUAUAUUGGAUACAAUUCAUGGAUAAGACAACGCUUGGGAGCGCCGCAAUUCUCGGAAUACGAGAGGCUACACAUCUGACAACGGAUGAAUAUAACUGGCUCGGGACGAUCUUCUACCUCAGUUAUCUUCUGUUUGAGUACCCUCAGAAUUUGGCACUUCAACGCUUCCCCGUCGGGAAAUGGAUGAGUAUCAAUAUCUUCAUCUGGGCCAUCGCUCUUUGUGGACACGCUGCCUGCACAACUUUUGCUGGACUGUUCGUCGUUCGCUUUGUCCUUGGGAUGUGUGAGGGCUCCAUCACGGCAGGAUUCAUGAUCGUCAGCUCCAUGUUCUAUACCCGCAACGAACAAACAUUGCGUGUGGGUUAUUGGUUCUUGAUGAAUGGCACUGCCCAGAUUAUAUCUGGUUUUAUCAGCUUUGGAACACUCCAUAUCAAGACGCAAGGGUUUGAACCAUGGCAAUGGCUGAUGUCCAUCACUGGCGUGUUAACACUCGUAACUGCACUUGCAUUCUGGUUGUACUUCCCAGACUCGCCGACGAACGCCUGGUUUUUGACCAGAGAAGAACGUAUUAUAGCUGUCAGACGCAUUAAAGAGAACCAGACUGGAGUUGAGAACAAGCAGUUUAAGAGCAAGCAGUUCUACGAGGCGCUGCGUGAUCCCAAGACAUGGCUCUUUGCACUCUUCUCCGCGGUCAACAACGUUCCUAACAGCCUGACGAACCAGCAGCAGCUAAUAGUGUCUUCGUUCGGAUUCACGUACCUUCAGACGACGCUGCUCGGAUGUGUAGACGGCGUUAUUGAGAUUGUCACGAUCUGGACCGGCGUGCAUCUCGCGACACGCCUGCAUAAUGCUCGUGCAUAUGUCGGUGCUGUAUACUUCAUUCCGAACUUGAUCGGAUGCCUGCUCAUCAACGUGCUGCCAUGGACCAACAAGCUCGGUCUUCUUUGCGCGCAAUGGCUGACAGGCGUAGGCACAACAGGAUUUGUUUUGUCGUUGUCGUGGCUUUCCAACGUAACCGCUGGACAUACGAAACGUGUGACGGUCAAUGCCAUUAUGCUCAUCGCGUACUGCGUUGGAAAUGCCGCUGGGCCAUUCAUGUGGCAAGCCAAGUAUCGACCUCGUAAUCAUCUACCAUGGACAAUCAUUGGCGUGUGCUAUGUGGUCUGCCCGAUGCUACUUCUUACCAUCCGACACAUCCUCUCCGCCGAGAACAAGCGCAGGGACUCGGAGCCCCCGGAUGACACAUAUGAUGACGUGUUCGUUGAAAUCAUAAUGCCCGACGGAGAACCUAGACAGCGGAAGGUAGACAAGGAAUUCCUGGAUCUGACAGAUAUUCAGAAUCGUGAUUUUAGAUAUGUGCUUUGA